CUAUUUUCACUUUCACAAGAUCUGAGCUCUCCCAAACCUGGCCGGUUUUUUCUUCCUCCUUCACUCAUUUCCUCUCAGCAACUUUGACUCUAAUUCCCCUUUGUUUUUGUAUUUUUUGUAAAAUGCAAUAAAAUAGAAUUAUAGCAUUUGAAGGCUGUCAGUCUCCAUCUGGGUGUUGUCAUCUAGUUCAUCCCAGCUUGUGCUCUGCAAUAUUUCAGCCCAAAUUAACUGUUGUCCUCUCAAUCCCACAAUAAACAAACAAAACCACUCUAAAAAGGGUCCUCCGAGAUUGGCUCUGCUCUGUGUCUCUGUGCUCUGGGAUUCACACAUAUCUCACAACUAAAGCUCAUUUGAUCUCAAAAGGUGACAUCUUUUCACUUCUUCAAUCACUUCUCUUCCUGGGUUUUUGCUUAGAUUUUGUUUUUGUUUUUUUUAUAAGUAGAAACUUGUGUUCUGUUCUGCAUAAAGAACCCAGAUUUCAAUAAAGUUCCUAUCUUUAUGAUGAUGGGUAGUAGAAAGUAUAAUAUUUGCAUCUGGGUUUUGUCAAUCUUGAGUUUGGGUUGCUUCUGUAGUGGGUUUACUUCUGUAGACAAUUACUUCAUAGACUGUGGUUCAACGUCUAAUACUUCAGUUGGUAGCCGUGUUUAUCUAUCUGAUAAGUUGGCUUUGAAGUUCCUUUCAACUCCCAAAGAAGUUCUUGUCACUAGUCCUUUGAAAUCAAUCACUUCCUUUGAUGACUCACCGCUGUAUCCGACAGCAAGAGUCUUUACUGAAUCUUCAAAAUUCACCUUUCCGAUAAGCCAGACCGGUAGGCACUGGAUCCGCCUCUAUUUCUACCCAUUUGUUUCGGGCAGUUAUGAUCUCAGCAAGGCCACAUUCUCUGUUUCCACACAAACAUUUGGCCUGCUUAGUGAUUUCAGUGUUCGGAACUCUUCUUUAAUGAAAGAGUUUUCGGUGGAUGUGACUUCGAAUAGCCUUGUUGUCACUUUGGCCCCUUCUAGUGGUUCAUUUGCAUUCUUGAAUGCCAUAGAAGUUGUUUCGGUCCCAGAUGAUCUCAUUGCCGAUGAAGCCAGCACCACUCCUGGAAAAUUCCAAGGUUUGAUGAAGCAGGCACUGGAGACAACUUGGAGGGUGAAUAUGGGUGGACCAAUGGUGUCUUUUGAGAAUGAUACCCUGUGGAGAACAUGGGUUCCUGAUCAAGCCUAUCUACUGAACAAGAACUUGGCCAAAGAUGUGUCAAAUGUUGCAGCUGUUGAGUAUGCCGACGGUUUGGCAACUGCAGAGACAGCUCCUAGAACUGUUUAUGGUACUCUCACAGAGAUGAACUCAGCUGAUGAUCCCAACAGCAAUUUCAAUGUGACCUGGGAGUUUGCAGUGGAUUCUGGAUAUCAAUAUCUUGUCCGGUUUCACUUUUGCGACAUUGUAAGUAAAGCUCUAAAUCAGCUUUACUUCAAUGUGUAUGUUGACUCUGUGAAUGUUGCGCCGGAGUUUGAUCUGAGUACUGUAACAGUUAACCUGUUGGCCGCACCAUAUUACAUGGAUUAUGUUACAACACCAGUUGUCAGGAAUACAAUUCAUAUCAGUAUUGGUCCUUCUUCUGUAAAUAAAGCUUAUCCCAAUGCCAUUCUAAAUGGGCUUGAGAUUUUGAAAAUGAACAAUUCAGAUGGCCACCUCAAUGGAGCAAGCAGUGCAGUUACUUCAAGUUCCGGCUCAAAGAGUAAUGUCGGAGUUAUAGUGGGUGCCACUGUUGGAUCACUUGUUGCAGUGGUUUUGGCUGCUAUUCUCUUUAUUCUGUGCAGAAGAAGGAAAGAUAAGGCGAACCAGGGGCAUUCUAAGACAUGGGUUCCUUUCUCCAUGAAUGGAACCAAUUCUCACACCAUGGGAAGCAAGUACUCAUACGGUACAACUGCUAGUGCUCCUUCCAACUACCAGUAUCGCUUUCCUUUUGGGGUGGUUCAGGAGGCUACCAACAACUUUGACGAGAGUUGGGUUAUUGGAAUUGGUGGUUUUGGAAAGGUUUACAAAGGAGAAUUUAAUGAUGGAACUAAAGUAGCUGUCAAGAGAGGAAAUCCACGGUCUCAACAGGGGCUUGCAGAGUUCAGGACAGAAAUUGAGAUGCUUUCUCAAUUUCGUCAUCGCCAUCUUGUGUCAUUGAUAGGGUAUUGUGAUGACAAGAGUGAGAUGAUUCUGAUAUACGAAUAUAUGGAGAAUGGGACGCUGAAGAGUCAUCUCUAUGGCUCUGGUCUACCCAGCUUAAGCUGGAAGGCAAGACUUGAAAUAUGCAUUGGAUCAGCUAGAGGACUUCACUACCUUCACACUGGUGAUGCAAAAGCAGUUAUUCAUCGUGAUGUGAAGUCUGCAAAUAUUUUGCUUGAUGAAAACCUCAUGGCCAAGGUUGCUGAUUUUGGGCUUUCGAAGACUGGUCCAGAGCUCGAUCAGACCCAUGUGAGUACUGCAGUGAAAGGGAGUUUUGGAUACCUUGAUCCUGAAUAUUUUAGAAGGCAACAACUGACAGAGAAAUCAGAUGUGUAUUCAUUUGGUGUGGUUUUGUUUGAGGUUCUUUGUGCAAGACCUGUCAUAGAUCCAUCACUCCCAAGGGAAAUGGUGAACUUGGCUGAGUGGGCGAUGAAAUGGCAGAAGAAAGGGCAGUUGGAGCAAAUCAUAGAUCCUACACUUGCAGGAAAAAUAAGACCAGAUUCUCUCAGAAAAUUUGCAGAAACCGCAGAGAAAUGCUUGGCUGACUAUGGUGUUGACAGGCCCUCAAUGGGUGAUGUGCUGUGGAAUCUGGAGUAUGCUCUGCAACUUCAAGAGGCUUUAGUUCAAGGGGACCCUGAAGAUAACAGCACCAAUAUGAUCGGUGAACUAUCUCCGCAAGUCAAUAAUUUCAAUCACAUCGACACAGCCACUUCUCCCGGACAGUUUGAAGUCUCCAGCGUAGAUGAUCUUUCAGGUGUUUCCAUGAGUAGAGUAUUCUCACAGCUGGUAAAGUCCGAGGGUAGGUAACUGUUCUUCUGAGGUAGACUGGAUUCCACGAGAUUUAGCUUCUCUUCUGAUAAACUUUCCCGGAUUAAACCUCAUGAAGCAUUCUGAGUUUCCGUUUUGUACAGAAGGGGUGGUGGUCUAAGUGUGUUUUCAGCAAAUUCAUACGGAUUCUGUAUUUCUUAUUAAAUUUGCACACAAUGUGAAGCAUACAUUCUAGAGUGGGAUAGUAGUUCCAUACUUCCAUGCACAUUGUUCUCUCAACCCUGCCGCCUGUUGUCUACGUCAUGCGAGGUGAUUGCGAACAGAAGAUAUUACUGGUACAAGGGUACAAGGUUACUCUUUCAUUUUCUGGUUUAUUUCAUUAAUAGCUUUUAAGUUUUACUUCAGUAGACACUCUCUGUAUAAGGGUGCAAGAUUUGUAAUAAUUAGAUAGUAUCUAUUUUUCCUGGCUUUGAACCUUUUCCUAUUUACGCUUAUACAACAAACAAUUUAUAAGAAAUUCAAAUUUUCCUCUC